AUGACCAUGAGCUCGUUUUUGAUAAACUCCAACUACAUCGAGCCCAAGUUCCCUCCCUUCGAGGAGUACGCGCAGCACAGCGGCCCGGGCGGCGGGGACGGCGGCCCAGGCGGGGGCCCCGGCUACCAGCAGCCCCCGGCGCCCGCUACCCAGCACCUGCCGCCGCCGCAGCCCCAGCUCCCUCACGCGGGCGGCAGCCGCGAGCCCCCCGCCUCCUACUACGCGCCGCGGGCCGCCCGCGAGCCCGCCUAUCCCGCGGCCGCGCUCUACCCCGCGCACGGUACCGCGGACGCCGCCUACCCCUAUGGCUACCGCGGCGGCUCCAGCCCCGGGCGGCCGCGGCAGCCCGAGCAGCCCCCGGCGCAUGCCAAGGGUCCUGCGCACGGCCUGCACGCGAGCCAUGUCCUGCAGCCGGGGCGGCAGCCCCCGCCGCCACCUCCCCCGCAGCAUCGCGCGGCGCCCCCAGCGACCCCGCGCCGCUGCGAGGCGGCCCCCGCCACCCCGGGCGUCCCGGUAGGGGGCAGCGCCCCCGCGUGCCCGCUGCUCUUGGCCGACAAGAGCCCGCCGGGCCUGAAGGGCAAGGAGCCCGUGGUGUACCCCUGGAUGAAGAAGAUCCAUGUCAGCGCCGUCAACCCCAGUUAUAACGGAGGGGAGCCCAAGCGUUCUCGAACCGCCUACACCCGGCAGCAGGUCUUGGAGCUGGAGAAGGAGUUCCAUUUUAACCGCUACCUGACCCGGCGCCGCCGCAUCGAGAUCGCCCACACACUCUGCUUGUCUGAGCGCCAGGUCAAGAUCUGGUUCCAGAACCGGAGGAUGAAGUGGAAGAAAGAUCACAAACUGCCCAACACCAAGAUGCGGUCUUCCAACUCGGCCUCGGCCUCUGCUGGCCCGCCAGGGAAAGCACAAACUCAGAGUCCGCACCCCCAACCUCACCCCCACCCGGGCACUUCCACACCCGUUCCGUCCUCCAUAUAAUCUUCUAGAGACCUAGAGC